CUACCUUAAGCGAGUGGAUGUGGAUUGGUCGAGUUCUGUGCGAUGUUUAUGCGUGGAAAUCGAAAAAGAAACAUAUCACAUAGCGCGUGCGAAGAUUAAUUAUGUUUUAUGCUCGAAGCCAAUCGCAUGCUUGGUUUUGAUGCUCCCGAGUGGAUUAGAACCAGACAUCGAUAAUCGAUCGUUGGCGCUUCCGGUGUGGGGCUUCUAUGAAUGGUCGACGUUCUUUCGACUGGGUGCAGUGGUGCGUGGAAAGAGGUGCCUUCGAUAAGGGCCAUAUCUGGGUUCGUUUUCCGUCCGAUGAAAACGUGAUAUACCUUCAUGAUACCGGUGAUUUUGGCGCGGUGCAGUAGGUGUGUUAACAGUAAAUGAUUACCUGUUGCAGGAAGUGAAUAAUUGCUGGGAGGAAUAUCGGUGGAAGUAAAUAGCGGUUUGUUUUAUUCUGAUGCGGUGACGUUCGACUUGAAGUGUUUGGGCUUAGGUUCUGUUUACUUAGAGCCUUAUUGAAAGUGUCAAGAAUUCUGAAAUAAUCAAUAAAUUGUGUACAUGUGAAACAGUGGCUUUGGAGAAUUUUCGAGUGAUAAUUGAUGCAUUUUGGAAAGUUUUGCGCUAAAUGUGAGUGAUUGGUAUUGAAGACGAAGUACCAUAAACAAAAUUGACGUGAUUGCCAGCAGGUGUCAGAAAUAGUGUUAAUAUCAGACACACAUCUAAUACAUCGACAAUUGAAGUAGAUAACUUGGAAUACCUUUCUCAGUGGAACACAGGGAGAAGCUGAUAGCGGACUGCCGGUGAACCAUUUGACUGCUAGUGCGCGGCGGCGGUGGCGGCAACGUCAUCGGACACAAGGGAACCACGCUCCACGGCAUGACUAAUGCAAAGCUCGGAUCAAGUUUACUGGAACUGGUUUUCACGGUUUCACCUUAGCUUCGACAGUAGGUGCCCUGCGGUAUCAGGAAGGACGCCGGAAAGAUUGAGAGAAGAAAUAUGGCCUACAAUGGACUGUCGCAGCAUGUGGAUUUUAUGAGACUGCCCAAUCCGGUCGACCGCUUCGCGCUCCUGGAUCUCAUCGGCGAGGGAACCUAUGGCGAGGUCUACAGUGCCAAGGACAAACACACGGGCCGGAAGUUUGCCGUCAAGCUAUGCACCGGUGGCUCGGUAACUGAUCUGGUUCAAGGCCUGCGCAGUCGGGGAGCACGAUUGACCAACAACCAGAUCGCGUACAUUCUUCGCGAAACGAUCCACGCGUUGGUGUUCCUGCACGAGAAUCACUGUAUGCAUCGGGACAUCAAGGGGCACAACAUACUGCUGACGGAGAAUGGUCACGUCAAGUUGGUUGACUUUGGGGUGAGCUCACAUUUGGCUGCGACGAUGGCCAGGAGGAACACUAGCGUUGGAACACCAUACUGGAUGGCGCCGGAAGUGAUCGCGUGCGAGCAGCAACUGGACCAGUCGUACGACUCGCGGUGCGAUGUUUGGUCGGUGGGAAUAACGGCCAUAGAACUGGCCGAAGGGGAUCCCCCGCUGUGCGAGCUGCAUCCGAUGCGGGCACUGUUCCAGAUCCCUAGGAAUCCUCCCCCGAAGUUGGCCCACCCGGAGCACUACUCGACGAUGCUGUCGGAGUUUAUCUCCGACUGCUUGGUGAAGGAUUUGGAGCAGAGACCAUUCUCGAAAGAGUUGGUGACGCAUCCGUUUUUGAAGGCGGUGGGACCAUAUGUUGAGAAAGUUCGACAGGAGCUGAAGAGCGAAAUCCAGAAGCAACGUAUGGAGGGGCGGACUCAGCGGCAAGCCCAGCCCACGACUAAGUAUGGCAAGUUGAAAUCGGACCGCAAAUCGAAGCCGCAGAAGAUUUUCAUGGAUGACCUGGCGGCGCUGGAUGUGUUGACGGAGGACACGAUCGUUGAGCAGUUGCAGAAGCGAUUUGAUAACAAUCAAAUCUAUACGUACAUUGGUGACAUACUGGUGUCGGUGAAUCCAUUCGCCCACUUCGGAAUGUAUACCCCGGGUCAUCAGGCAAAGUACGCCGGAAAAUCACGGUCGGACAACCCACCGCAUAUUUUCGCUGUGGCUGACGCUGCCCACCAGGCACUGGUGCAUCAGAAGCAGAAUCAAGCGAUCGUCAUCUCCGGGGAAAGUGGUUCGGGGAAAACAGAGAGCGCUAACCUUCUGCUCAAGCAGUUGGUAUAUCUUGGAAAAGCAGUUACCAAAAACCUUGAGGAGCGAAUAUUGCAGGUUAAUCCAAUCAUGGAAGCAUUCGGAAACGCCCGAACUGGCAUCAACUCAAACAGCUCUCGCUUUGGUAAAUACCUGGAGUUGACCAUGGCUCGCAGUGGAAAGGUCAAUGGAGCACGGAUCUUCGUAUACCUUCUGGAGCAAAGCCGUGUGGUCAAACAGGCCGAGGGAGAAGGCAACUUCCACAUUUUCUACUACAUGUACGACGGUCUGCAGGCGGAGAAACGCUUGGAGGAAUAUUAUCUGCAUCCAUCGUACAGAAAGACCCACCGUUACCUACAGGAAACAGCAACAUCACCAAAAACCAACGUUGACCGUUGGAAGCAGCUGUUGGCCAGUUUCAAAGUGCUCGGCUUCCGAGACGACGAGGUGGAUAUGGUGAACCGAGUGCUGGCCGCUAUUCUGAAUCUGGGCGAUCUGGAGUUUGGAGAGAUUGUCUCCAACGACAGUACCGAUGGGAAGGCUCGCGUUACCGACGUGGCACCGAUGCAUCGCGUAUCCAAGCUGCUCGGAGUGGAGUCGUCCGAUCUGUUGGAGGCACUGACCUCCAACUCGGUGGUGACGCGAGGCGAAACAAUCACACGACACAACAACGUGGCUGAGGCGUCUACUGCUAGGGACGCCAUGGCGAAGGGUUUGUACGGGCGGCUGUUCGAUUGGAUGGUCAAUCAGAUAAAUCUGCUGCUGGUUCACAACAAGCCGAGUAACAGCCCGGAUCAACUCGCCGUUGGACUCUUGGAUAUAUUCGGCUUCGAGAACUUCUCGAAGAACUCAUUCGAGCAGUUGUGUAUCAACAUAGCCAACGAGCAGAUUCAGUACUACUUCAAUCAGCAUAUAUUUACAUGGGAACAACAGGAAUACAUGGCUGAGGGGAUUCCGGUGGACCUGGUUGAGUUUGCAGACAAUCGUCCAGUUCUGGAUAUGCUAUUGAGUCGCCCUCUCGGAUUACUCGCUCUUCUAGAUGAAGAAUCUCGUUUUCCAAGGUCCAACGAUCGAUCACUCAUCGAGAAGUUCCACAACAACAUCAAGUCGAAAUUCUACCAACGACCAAAGUCGGAUGCCGUGUGCUUCGCGAUCCACCACUUUGCCGGUCGGGUGGUCUACCAGGCGGACGGAUUCCUGGAGAAGAACCGCAACUUCCUGCCGGCAGAGAUUAUCCAGCUCAUCCGCCAGAGUCAGUAUGACAUGAUUCGUUUCCUGUUCCAGUGUCCCAUAACUAAAACAGGUAACCUGUACUCUGCUAUCCACGACACCGGAUCGCGCCAGAAUGUGUCCAACCUGAUUAAGGUGGAUACAAAGGAAAAGUUCAACUCUCGCGGACUUGCAUCGCAAUCGAGAGCUCAGCAGACGGUGGCCACCUACUUUCGCUACUCGUUGAUGGAUCUGUUGCAGAAGAUGGUCACCGGGACGCCCCAGUUCAUCCGCUGCAUCAAGCCGAACGACAUGAAGGCAGCGAAGAGCUUCGAGCCCGCCAAAGUGCUGAAGCAGCUGCGCUACACCGGAGUCCUGGAGACGAUUCGGAUCCGCCAACAUGGGUUCAGCCAUCGUCUGACGUUCGCUGAGUUCUUGAAAAGAUACUACUUCCUCGGCUACGGAUUCGAGGAACGCGUCGUCGCUAGCCGAGAAUCGUGUCGUUUACUUUUAGUGCGUCUAAAAAUGGAUGGAUGGGCUCUCGGGAAAUCCAAGGUGUUCCUCAAGUACUAUCACAUUGAGUAUCUCUCGAAGCUGUACGAGGAACACGUUGGUAAAAUCAUUUUGGUGCAAGCUUGCGUACGUCGUUGGUUGGCGAAGUCUCACUUCAAACGUGAGAAGCAACAGGUGCUGGCAAUGAGUGCCGUCACUCUACAGAAGCACGUUCGUGGCUGGCUGACGCGGCGACGCAUGAACAAGCUCAUGCGCGAGAGGAAGGAGAAGGAACGUCUUGAGCAGGAGCGGCUCGAGAAAGAGCGGCUGGCUAGGGAAAAGAAGAACAAUGAACAAAACAAGGUGAAACAGGCCCUCGCCAAGGCGAAGUUGAUCCAUCAGUACACCAACAACGAGUUGAACAAACCCUCGGAGAAACACUCGGUCGAUGUGAACAACAAGGAGAACGAAAAGGCAGCCAUCGUUAUCCAGAGUUACUACCGAGGUUACACCAUCCGCAAGAUGAAACUGACGCCGGAGAUGGAAGCCAAGACCAAGUACAUUCUCGGGAUCGCCAAGAACCGGGUCGAAGCCCAGCGAAUGAUGCAGAAGGAGGGUUUCUCCAAGGAGGAUGCCGCCCGGAUCAUCCAACGGUUCUAUAGAACCCACAAGAGCAAGAAGAGCAGCAAUCGGGAGAGCAGCCGUCGGAAGGGACAAGCCCCCCAACCCGUGAAACCUCUCUCGGCCAAGGAUCAGCAGGUGGAUCUGAUAGCCUUCUCACAGAACGUGCAUAUGCUGAACCAGGAAGUGCACAAAAAUCUGCGCGCCAAUAAGACCGGUGUGCCGUUGGAGGCCAUAGAAAAGCUCCCUAACGACUAUAAGCGGCCGCCGGGAUUUGUGUUGGUUCCUGGCCUGUUGGGGACAGUCCCCGGUGGAGAGUUCACCAAGUAUAGCUCUUUCCGCACUGGAGUCGACUGUGACCAUGAGAUGACCAAAGAACUAAUUCAAAGCCCUUCUUCGUCGAACGAAUUCGACGAUAUCUCGCCGUGGGACAUGCCAUUCUACGAACUGGAGCGGCACCUCCGUUCGCAAAGACAACGGAACCUCCAGCAGCAGCAGCAACGGGUGGACAUCAAUCGCAACGAGAUCCUCGGCGAGCGCAAAAUGGAGCUGAGCGAGCGCAAACAGCAGCUGUCCAACAACUGGCACCAGGUAUUCCAGGGCAGCGAGGCCAUCCAGGACAGUAAAUUCAAAGGGAUGGGCAGAUGCAACCACAAUAACGAACCCGCCCACAUUCGUCACAUCCCCGCCUUCAGCUAUCUCAAUCCGAACGGUCACCAGGUGCUGCGCUAUUCUCCGAACAGUGUCGACCAGAAGUCGAUCUCCCCCCAGCAUCAUCAGCAGCACUACCAACGGAACGCCAGCGAUGGCAGUGGCCAUCGGUAUCACGACAUGCCCUCGCAUCACCUCCAGCAGCACCCACAGCAGCUGGCGGUGAACGGCCAGGGAAAACCCAAGAAGCAGAGCUCAAAGAGUGAGAACAAAGUGAAGGAGAAGGAGAACAAGGAGAGGAAAAAGAAGGAGAAAAAGGUGAAGAAAGACAAGGAUCGAACUCAGACGCCAUCGUCCGGCUCUUCGCCGGUAGUGAGCAGUUCGAUUGAGAGGGGUCGCAAGGAACCCAAAAAGAAGGCACCGAUGCCACUGCCACCGUCUCAUCAGCACCACCAGCAUUUGCCGCCGAAGCGGACGCCGGUCGAACACCACGAGUAUCAGAACAUUUCCGAGGACACGAAGAUAGACAGCAACAGUCCGGUGAUGAGGAUGUUUGGCGACACAAACUUCCUGCAGAAUCAACGCCGGAAGGCUUCGAACCAGAAGGACAGUGGACUGAGCUGCGGUCAGGGAGUCUGCGAUAUGAUGAACGGCGUGUACCGGUACAACCCCCAUGUGACCUCCUUCGCGGAGCUUGAGUCGAACAAGAGUGGUAGCGGUGGCAGCAGUAACAACCGAUCACACCCUUCAACGCUCGAUCCAAAGGAGUGCGCACCGAACUUCCCGAACGUAUCCAAGUAUUUGAACAUCGAUGUAAAGACGCCUAACCUGAGGAAUGUCCGCAACCCAAUCAGCUCCACCAGCAGCAAUCUGAGCACCGACAGCAGCGGAUCGAACUCACUGAAUUCGUUCGAUUCGGUCGAGCAGGCGAUCAUCUUUCAGAAGAACAAAAAUCCCGACUCGUACCUCGGUCCGUUCAACUUUCGCCAGCUGCUUAGGCCCACCCAGGGUCCCACCGAGUCGCUCCGGAAGCGCAAGGGUAUCAAUCCCCCCUCGCCCCCACCACCGCAGCGCGGGAAGAGUUAAAUUAUUUAGAUUUUUAUGUUGUGGUUUUCCACUGUAAGUUAUUUCCGCUUUUGUUGUGUCCCGCUUAUUUUUUCGUGUAUUUUAUUUAAUUAUUGUGUUGUAUCUCGCUUUUUCCGUCUGAAUGUGUUUGUGAUUGUGAGUGUAUAUAUGAGUUGUUGUUUCGAUUUGCUGAUAGACUGUCUCGUUCCGCGUUCUCGAUGGAUGUAUGUUUCUCGCAAAUACAGCCAUCCGUGAAGUUGCAAUCACAGUUAUAAUCAAAUUUGUCACUUGCCUCCAAAUCCUUUGUUGUCUGUUUUCAUUAUGAAUGUUCAAUUUUUUUUUGUUUUUAGCAUAAUUUGUACGGGUUCCAUCCUUCCUUUGGCUGAAGAGUGAUGGAUCUCAUUUGCGCUUUUUCCCCCACAUCUUUGGUCUUAUCUGACCAUAACUUCGCUCUUUAUGGCUGCGCAUCCCACCACUUUGACGCCAUUUAUCAAAGUGAGUCUCGAUGAUUUGCAGGAGUCUGUCUUUCCGUAAAUGUCUUAAUUAUGCAUUGUGAUAAAAUGUGUGCAAUUUUCAAAACGACGAUUAUAAAAUAUUGUCGGGCUUUAGAAAACCGAUCACGUAGUGGUUGAUACAGAGAGAAGAGCACCGAAACGAGUAAUGCAAUAAGUCUGCUACAGGCUGCUCGACUCGGAAUUCGUGGAACGUGGAACGAUUCUGGUCUAUCUUUAUUAGUGUAGAGGAACUUCCUUUUCCAGCAGCAUCACCUUCCAUCCCCGGCUUACGGUGUGCUUACGGUGCUCGCAGUUUCCACCUUUGUAGGGGUAUGAGGUGGGCCAUCAUCAUCAUCAGUCUACCACCGGAAGAAAGCACAAAGAAAAAUUCAAGUCUUCUAAUGAACCAAAUGCAGCUCCCACUGCAAGGAACAACUUUUGUCUCUUGGCACCCCAGGCAGGAUUUAUUCACUGCACGGCUUAUCUUUUGUUUCCACCAAUUGCCCCCAUGACGUAAUUCUCAACAGUUUGAAUAGACACAAUGGAGGGUGUUAAUGGGAAGCCUCUUUUCAGCCUGCAUUUGAAAGGGGUGCAAAAUCGAAAGCCGUCUGUCACCGAUCUGCAGCAGAUAUUGACAUCGCUGAACCACAAAAAAAACACACAGCAUAAAUUAUUACACCUGUGAUUCUAUCAAAUAAUGCGUGAAAAUAGAGCCAUUUGAUUAAUCAUUUCGGGCCCGGGAGCCUCUCAACUUGGAAACUAAUGGAUCCCUUAUUCCUUAUCGCGGUAACUGCAGCGCUUCACACUUUCUGCUGGGGGAAGUUUCAUCCAUUCACCAUGUCAUCCUCUACUGAUUUUUUUUAAAUUUUCAACUUUGAUGCAUUCACUUUUACAGUUUUGUUAAUUUAUUAUGUAAACCUUUUUCCACUCCGACCACUGCUCGCUUCGGCGAAAUGUAUACUAUUCCUUAAAGUUAAGCGCGUAAGAUACAGCUGUUGUUUUCCAAAAACCCAUUUUACCAAGCUCGGAAAAAAGGCAAAUUGCUAGUAGAAGUUACGUUAACCAUGCAAGUGUUGAACAUCUAUCGUAAGAUUAUUUAAAUAAAGAUAAAUCGCAUUGCAAUUAGAAAAAAGAAGAAAAAAAAACACAAACACUCAAACACACUACACUACACCAAAUACUAGUGGAAUAAAGUUGUUAGAAUGUGUCCAGCUGA